AUGGCAUCUACAUCUACAGUUGGUCGUGAGCGAAAGAAUAAGGAUAGCGCUUUUGAUGAAAUCGCACCACCUGCACCUACUUGUGCCUCAAAAGUCAUGCAAAAGCCACGCUACGAUGUGUUCAUCAAUCAUCGUGGACCAGAUGUCAAAGACACACUAGCUAGGAGUAUCUAUAAUAUCCUCAAGGAGAUAGAGGUGACAGCUUUUUUAGAUUCUGAGGAGUCGAAAUAUGGCGAUUUCUUGCCUACAACAUUAGAAGCGGCAAUGUGUAGUGCCUCGAUUCAUAUAGCAAUUUUUUCCAAGAACUAUGCAAAAUCACCCUGGUGUUUGGCAGAGCUCCAUUUUAUGCUUAAAACUGGGGCUAAAAUUAUUCCUGUAUUCUACCAUGUAGAGCCUAAUGAUGUCAGAUAUAUAGCUCAAGGGAAGGGACACUAUGUUGAUGCUUUUGAGCAGUAUGAAAUGAAGGGUAGAUACAGCCCAAAAAGACUUCAAGAGUGGAAAAUGGCACUCAGCAAUGCCUCUUUUUACACUGGCCAAAUCAUUAAAUAUAAUGAUGGUGAAAUGAGGUUGCUGAAGAAUAUUGUGAAUAUUGUACUAAAAGAAGUAAACAACGUGCCAUUAGUGGUUGCAAACCAUCCAGUUGGUCUCGAAGAAAUAGAACAAGACUUUGUGAUAAAUACACUCCAAUCUGGUUGUGGUGAUCAGGGUGUACAAAUUGUGGGAAUAUGGGGAAUGGGUGGCUUCGGAAAGACCACAUUUGCCAAAUACUUAUACAACAAAAAAUCCUCUUUAAUGGAGAGGUCCAAUUUUAUUUUUGAAGUUAGAGAUGGUGCAGCUAAAGGUAUGUUGCAGAAGAAGCAGAUUCAACUCCUCAAAGACCUUAGCAUCACAACUCCAAAAUUUCAUAAUAUAGAGCAAGGUAAGGCAUUUCUUGCAAGGUCUUUGAGAUAUGUUAGAGUGCUCAUUGUUCUAGAUGAUGUGGAUCAUGUGGACCAGCUGGAUGCUCUUUUACCCAUGAAAGACAGUCUUGAAGAGGGUAGUCUUAUUAUUGUUACAACACAGGAGAAUGAUGUCCUUAGAUCCAAGAGCAUAUCCUGUGUAUAUAAAAUGAAAGCACUCGAUCCAAUUUAUGCAAAGCAACUUUUUUGUUGGCAUGCAUUCUCAAAAUUAGUUCCCCUCAACGGAUUUGAGGAUCUUGUUGAAGGGUUUUUAGAAGCUUGCAAUGGAUUACCCUUGUCCCUCAAGAUAUUUGGAGGACAAUUACAUGGAGAGUCCUGUAAAGAAUAUUUGGAGUCUUUAUUGUAUGAGAUCUUAAGAAUAGUGCUUGAUAAUAUUACAGAGAAACUCAAAGUAAGCUAUGAUGCUCUUGAAUAUGAACAGAAAGAAAUGUUUCUUGAUGUUGCUUGUUUCUUUUUAGGAGAAGAGAACAGUUUGGCAAUUGAAGUUUGGAAUGGCUCAAGAUGGAAUGGUCUGCAUGGUUGGGAAAAGCUCUUCAAUAAAUGUUUGGUUGAACUUGAUGGAAAGAAUCGCAUAAAAAUGCAUGAUCACUUAAGAGAUUUAGCAAAGCAAAUUGCAAGUCAGCAUUCUCCUUACCGGCUUUGGUUACCCCAGCAGAUUAUUAAUGCGGAGAAACAGACUCAAAAACGAAAUAUGGGUAUAAGGGUGUUUGGGUGUCUCUAUCCUUUUUCUCAGUUUCAGAAAAGAGAUGACAUACAAGGAAUAAUGGCUGCCCCAAGCACACGGAAAGCCCUUCCCAAUAAUGAGACGUUCCAGCAGGGUCAGCUCGGACGAGGUAGCGAUGGGCAAUCCCAGAUUGGCAAUCCCAUCGGAGAAAAUUUGUCACUCGCACCUUCUUUCUUUGAACCAAAGAUUUUUGUGAUUAGAGGAGAUUAUUUUAAUAAGGUACUUUGUGAAGUAUCAACAGAGCUGGUCUGGUUUCGCUGGUUCGAAAUUGGGCAGAGAAAUCUCCCCUCACGGCUUUCAUUGAAAAAUUUGUGCGUUCUAGAACUCUACGAAGACUAUUAUGCAGGGGAACAUCACUUAAAAGAGCUGUGGAAGGCUGACAACGAUGCUCCUGUGCGGCUAAGAGUGUUAGUUAUUUCAGGAUGCAACAAAUUCCAAAGAUUUCCAGACUCAAUCGGACGUCUUAGUGUGUUGAAAAAGAUUGUAAUCACUGUAGGCUUCAAUUUAAAGAGCCUCCCAGAAGGAUUUUGCCGUCUUCAGUCAUUGGAGCACUUGCAAUUAAGUGCCUGUCAUCAGCUAGCAUCACUACCCACCAGAUUUGGCAACCUGAGAAAUUUGCAAUUUCUAGAUUUGAGUGGCUGCACCAAAUUGAGGAUGUUGCCAGAUUCUUUUAAGAAGCUGAUGCUCCUGCAACAUCUUGAUUUAGAGUCCUGUAGUCAGCUCAUACUUACGUCAGAGGAUUUCCAACACAUCAAAAACCUCAAGUAUAUAAAUCUUUGUAGGUGCGAGCAAUUGGAAGAGUUGCCUUCUCAUAUCACAAAUCAGGCGUCCUUGAGAGAGCUCUAUUUAGAAGGGGCAGAGAGGCUAAAAGAGAUACCAAUUAAAAUUGGUCAAUUAAGCAAGCUACGAGAGAUGAGCAUAGGAAGUGAGCUUUUGACAAGCUUACCGAUCUCCCUUGGAGACUUGUCUUCCUUGAGGAAUCUUUCAAUAUUUUACUCUCCCAACCUCAAAUGUUUACCGCACUCUAUGGAGCGUCUUCAACUUUUAGAGCAUUUAACAAUAGAGUGCCCAAUCAAAUUAGACUUUGAGGCUGCAUCAUUUCCUUUUGGAUUGAGUAACCUGAAGGAUAUAAGUCUAUCACAGACAGAAGUGUUCAGGAUUUCAAUUCCUGAACACCAUUAUCCCCACCUUGAGAGUCUCUAUCUUUCUUCUAUUGAUCAUUUAACGGAGAUCGAAGCAUUGCCAACGACAAUCAAGUCAAUAGAAUUGAAAUAUUGUAAAAUGUUGAAGAACAUAAGUGUUCCUUGUGAUCUGGUGAAUCUUGAACGCCUGCACAUAAGUUUCUGCCCAGAAUUGGAUGAGCUUCCUAGCUUAGCAUGUUCGACUUCUCUCAGAGAAUUUGAACUAGGUGGUAGCUACCAAAUUCAGAAAAUUGAAGGGUUAGAAUGUUGCACAAGGUUGGAAAGCUUGAGAGUAGAGACCCGCUGGGAUGUGCCCAGUAUUCAAAGUUUGGAGCGAAUGAAGAAAUUGAGAUGGGUGGAACUCAGAGCAAACAAGGGAUUGGCCAUUGAAAGUUGUUUUCGAACAAUACAGAAAUGCCCAAGAGAAAUAAGAAUAUGUACUCGCGUAGUCCCUGUUGCGUCCUCACUUGUAGACUCCUUGCUCACUCCGAAUCUUGUGGUCGUUAACUCUUUCGCUGACCGCAAUUUAUGGUCCAUGUGUUCAUCCAACGGCGAUACCAUCAUGUUCUGUUUUCUUAUAAAUUGUGUUGUUCCACAAAUGACAUUGAGUUUGAAGUUCCUUAAGAAAGGAACUAUACUAUCUGUGGAAAAUCUACCAAAGCUUGAAAAGGGUAGAUGGGCAUGGGUAGGUGUCUUUGCAUCGUCGAAUAGAUGGGCAUGGGCAGAUGAGUUAGCAAUGGACGAAGUGGAGAAAGGUUGGGUUGUGAGAGGGGAAGAGCAAAGAGUAAUGGAGGCAUUUCACAGCUUGUUGCCUCUUUUACAGAGCAAGUAA